GUAUAAAAAGACUAAGUAUUUCAAAAUUUACUUCUGAAUGUUUCUUUAGUUCCUCAUUUGCAAAAUUAGCUUACAGUCUGAAGCAGGUCACUAGGAAUGCUGCGUGUCUGCUCUGCGCUGGGUUUGUAAAGAAACGGUUGGCCUCAAGUACCAGUUUUGCUCAUGGGAGGAACACAUGAGGAAGCCUGUUUGCAUGGAUUACAUGCCAGCAGGCCCCCUGCUGGACAUCACAGUCGGGGAGAUAGAAGAGGCACAUUUGCCACACUGGAUCUGUGUCGAUCAAAGCUCUACAAUUUCAGCCAUGUUUGCAGUUCUACAUGUGGACACCUGUGGAGAUUGUAUGGAACAAGUGUCUGAAGUGACACCAUCCCACGUCAAGUUACUCCAGCCAACUUUCUCACCAAUAGGUGUCAUGAUCUGGAAAAAACUAGGCUUUUCAGUAAAAGCUGACUAUGAUGCGUUAAUCUACAAGAGUUCAAAAAAAGAGUUCCUCACAUUGGAUGUUUACCUGCUGCCACCUGAUCCUGCCUUAAAACAGGAAGUGGAACAAAGGCAAAACUCCUGGGUAUCAGUAAUAAUACCAAAACCAGGCCCAGGAAGCCCCCUUCAAGUGGGACAUGAUUUCAUCCUCAGAACAGACAAGGCAGCUGCAAAGAUUCAACCCAAAGUACAGUAUGGUUUCAGUAGUUUUAACAGGGCUGUUCACAUUGACAAUAAACAUAUUGUUACAUUAUCACUUUUUAAAUUAUCCACAGUCACGACAACUCAGCUACGACGGCAGAAAUGUAUCUGAGGUGUUCUUCAGAAAAGCAGACGAUGACUUUACCCUCGAGCUUACAAGUGAGUAGGACACUGUCUGGACCUGCACUAUUCAUAAAGGUCAGUGCUUUUAAAUUAUUUCAAACUUAAUAACUGAAUGGCUAUAAAUGGAGGGAGAAAACAUUUCAUCAGAUAAAUAUCCAGUAACUAAUCAGAAUUAUAAUCUGUAUUUUAUUUCAGGGGACUACUACAAUCAAAGCAUCAACUAUAACCAAGGUAAGAAAAUUCAUUUAAUAUACAGUAU